AUGUUAGAUUGGAGUAUUCGGGACCAGAAGACCGAAAUUAAGCGCAGUGCCGGCGCGACCGAGAUAAGCAUGAACCUCGUGGGAGCAUGUGCAGCUUACUCUCCAGGGUUGACACCGAGAAGGUAUGCCGAGUGGUACGUUAACAUGGCAACGGUUAUGAAGGCGGGCGCCACUGGACAGACGGUUUAUGGUUAUGACUCACCUGGAACAACACAGCGAAUGUCAGUGGCGAUUAAAAGGAAAUAUACUCAUGUUUUGUAG